GGCGCAUCAUUAAUCAAACUCCUUAAAUACUUUGCAAUUAUAAUUAUAAUGGGCAUUCAGUUUACCUGGCGCCCCACACAUGAGCAGUUGGAGCGAUAGACGGAUAGGCCUGCGCCUGCUGCUCGGCCUUAGCCGCUGGCUGGGCGUUUCCCCGCCCGGCGAACGGUUGGCAUAUCUACACCUGGUCUGGUCCUUGCUGCUGCUGGGCUGCGUUUGGUUCUACACGCUGAACCGAUUGAUCACCAUGAAGUUCUACAAGCAAGUUCUGACCAUACAGAAGCUGUUUUAUUUUGCCGAGUACCCGGCGAACAUGUUGCUGACGGCGCUAUUCUCGCUGCGGGUUUAUCGCAGCGCACGAUUCUAUAGACGCCUCUGGCUGCAGCUGUGUCGCCUGCAGGCGCUGCUCUUCGAGCACGCGCCUGCUGCAGCGCGUCAGCUCUUCACAGGAUUGGAGCAGCAUGUGCUGCGGCUGCUCUGCUUGAUAAUUGGCUUUCAUGCAGUCUGCGUUGUGGUGGACAGUGCCUGGCUGGACUUCGACUGGCGUCUGAGCGUGCCCAGCAACUGUGCCCACCAACUGCCCAGCUUGAUGAUCAGCCUGAGCCUGCUGCAAUAUGUCCUGGCACAUCGACUGCUCUGCCUGUUAUAUGCGCAGCUCAACCAGCGCCUAGCACAGCUGCAUGGGCGUCCCGUUGGCAUCUGUGUCCUGGCCUUGGAGUCGCAGUCGCUGGAGCAGCUACGCUUGGUUGCCGUCGCCUUGGAUGGCGUUCAAGCUGAACUCUUGGCCCGGUUUGGACUCGUGCUGCUGCUCAGCUUUGGCAACUCGCUGCUGAGCCUCUCGUACGAGGUGUUCAACGUGUUUCGCCUGCUCGAGCUGGCGCAAUUGAGCGACUGGGUGCUCUAUUGUUAUCGUUCCUUGUGGCUGCUGCUGCAUGGCGCACGCAUUUGGUUUGUGCUCAGGGCCAAUGAGCGCAUCGUUGAGCAGAAAUGCCAGCUUUUUUUGUUGCUCAACCAGCUGGAGGCUAGCGACACGCGCGAAGAACGUUCCAUUAAUCGCUUUCUACUCCAACUCCAGACUAAUCAAGCCCAACCCCCGGCCGCCUGUGGGCUUGUCGACCUGGACACCCUUGCGCUGGGCGGGUUUGUCAACGCUUUGCUGGUCAUUGUUAUAUUCCUGAUACAAAUCGAUCUGGGCAAUAAAUCGCUCCGGGGCUUUGUCUAAAGG